AUGCAUAGUCUUCUCAUCGGAGCUGUAGCCGAAGACAAACAACCAACAGUCGUCUCCACCGAAAAUGCUUACCACGCAUGGAAGGCGCUCAAAAACCUCUACGAUCACGUAUCACCAAAUACGACGAUCACCCUCCUCAGUCGUGCUCUAGACACAAAGAUGCAAGAUAACGGUAACCCAACCGAACAUCUUGAGACAUUCAAUACGAACUGGAAAACUCUCAAGACCAGGUGUCAGAGCGGGGACCACAAAUUCGCUCAGGCCCUACUACCCCUCACCAAUUCCGACGAAGCGAUGGCAGCAUUCCUACUAACCUCACUGCUGAAGUCGAUGGGCAACUUCAUCGAUAACAUCCAUAUCAAACAGGAUGUUACCUACGAAGAUGUACGCCAACGGCUACAAAACAUACAAGAGGAAACCCCUCUCACCGGCAACAACAGGGUACUUCACACCAGAAAUACCCCCACACCAAACGGCAAGGAAUGCACCUGGUGCAAGAAACGGAACCAACCCAAACAAUGGGAUUCCUCAGGGCGCAAAGCCUACGGCUUGGGUGUCAAGAACGCCAGGUGUCGCCAGGGUAGGGUGCUCUUGCCAGGCGUCGCCAGGGUAGAGCUCCCGCGCCAGGCAUCACCAGAGCAUAAUGCUCGUGCCAGACGAUACAUUCCCUCGCCCGACGCCUCCUGA